CAGUGUCAGGAUUUAAGCGCAGGCAGGCAGCACCUGCAAGCUGACAGAGGCAAGACCUUGGAGUUGUGCGUUCAGCCAGCAAGGUGUCACCAGAGCCGUCAUACUGGACCGGUCCUGGUACUCGUACACCCACUGGUUCCCCAUGGCGUCCCCUCACGUGAUGAAGGACAACCAGGAGCCACUUCCCAGGAUGCAGCCCGCUAUGAUGAUGUUCUCCAGCAAGUACUGGAGCCGCCGCGGCCUCUCCUUCGACUCGGCCAUGCUGGACCAGCGGCCGCCUCUGCGGCACACAGGCGGCCAGAUGUCGCGGCGCCCGUCCUUCAGUCCAAUCAGUGAGACUUGUGCAGAGCCGAGCCAGGCGGUGGUGUUCUCUCUGAAGAACGAGGUCGGUUGUCUGGUCCGAGCUCUGCGACUCUUCCAGGAGAGGCGGGUCAACCUGAACCACAUUGAGUCGCGCGCGUCCAAACGCGUGGCCAACGAGGUGGAGAUCUUUGCUGACUGCAGCUGCAGCAAGAAGGACUUCAACGAGCUGUUGGAGCUCCUCAAAGAUCACGUCAACAUCCUGUCCUUCAACACGCCCGCGCACGUGUGGGCCGCCCAGGCAGAUGAUGAGGAGGUUCCGUGGUUCCCCAUGAAGAUCUCAGAGCUAGAUCAGUGUUCCCACAGAGUCCUCAUGUACGGAUCUGAGCUGGAUGCUGACCACCCGGGCUUCAGAGAUGAACUUUACCGCCAGCGUAGGAAGUAUUUUGUGGAGGUGGCAAUGAAGUACAAGUUUGGUCAGCCCAUACCUCGCAUCGAGUACACGUCCGAUGAGGUGCGCACGUGGGGCGUGGUCUACAGGGAGCUCAACAAGCUGUACCCCACUCACGCCUGCCGAGAGUACCUUAAGAACCUCCCUCUGCUCAGCCAACACUGCGGCUACCGUGAGGACAACAUUCCCCAACUGGAGGAUGUCUCGCUCUUCCUCAGAGAGAGGUCGGGCUUCACAGUGCGACCUGUGGCAGGCUACCUGUCGCCUCGGGACUUCUUGGCAGGUUUGGCCUACCGAGUCUUCAACUGCACCCAAUAUGUCCGUCACAUCACCGACCCGCUCUACACGCCGGAACCGGACACGUGUCACGAGCUCCUGGGUCACGUUCCUCUGCUGGCAGAUCCCAAGUUUGCUCAGUUCUCCCAGGAAAUCGGUUUGGCGUCUCUGGGAGCUUCUGAUGAGGACGUGCAGAAGCUGGCCACAUGUUACUUCUUCACCAUUGAGUUUGGCCUCUGUAAACAAGAAGGUCAGCUGAGAGCGUACGGGGCCGGUUUGCUAUCAUCCAUUGGAGAACUGAGUCAUGCUCUGUCAGAAGGGGCCUGUGUGAAGACCUUUGACCCCAAGACCACCUGCAGCCAGGAAUGUCUCAUCACGACCUUCCAGGAAGUUUACUUUGUCUCCGAAAGCUUUGAGGAGGCCAAGCAGAAGAUGCGGGAGUUUGCCAAGACCAUCAAACGUCCUUUCUCUGUGUACUACAACCCGUACACUCAGAGCGUGGACCUCCUCAAAGACACCAGGAGCAUCGAAAACGUGGUGCAAGACCUCCGCAGCGACCUCACCACCGUGUGCGACGCUUUGGGCAAGAUGAACACCUAUAUGGGCAUCUGACGUGACGCUCAGGGCUUCUUCUCCUCAAUCUCUUACAGGAUGAUCAUAUCCCAAGCCUUGACAACUACAGCAUUCAUACAUGUAUAUGAAAAUCCAAU